GGAGGGGACCAUGCACACAGCUCUGUUCAGACUUCCAACGAUUCUCAGCCAUUCAUAGUUCGAGCUUGUAGUCUAGUAAAAGUAAUAAAGUAAGCAGAACUGUGAGCGCGCGCUGUGUUUCUGGCCGUUUCCCCGCUCCACUUUCAGGAUUAGUCUGGAUUAACUGGGAGUUCCUCCUGAAAGCGCCUGAGUGGACAAUCACAAGUUCCGCUUCGGGAUGUAAGGGACCCAUGAACAUGUUCCAUACUACAUGAUAACCAAGAGGACCAAAGCCACGCCAACAUAUUGUUUCUGCCAAUGUACAUUUGCAGUGCAUUGUGGGAUGGCGCUUGUCUCCACCCUGCUUUCUUCCCUCAUUCUGGGCAUUCUGGAAAGCCCAUUGGUAUGUUGCCGCUAUCCACGCUUCUCUUCUAAUGACACUGUGUUCCAACACCUGGCCCUGCACCCUGACCCUACUGUGGGCACGGUGUACAUUGGCGCACAGGAUCGGCUUUACCAGCUGUCUGGAUUGGACCACUUGCGUCUAGAGGUCGAAGAGAUGAUGGGUCCUAUGAGAGACAGUAAGGAUUGCCUUCCUCCUGUAACUCCAGAGAACUGCCCACAUGCCCGGUUAGUGAAUAACCACAACAAGCUGCUGCUGGUGGAGCCCUAUUCCCUCACGCUUAUUACAUGCGGCAGUGUCCACCAGGGCACAUGCCAGAAGCGCAGCCUUGCUAACGUCAGCCAAGUUUUGUUCUCUGCCGAAAGACCAAUGGACACUCAGUACGUGGCCGCCAAUGACCCAACCGUCUCCACCAUUGGACUUGUGGCAAGUCCGAGAGAUGGGGCUCCACCCUUGCUAUACGUGGGAAGGGGCUACGUUGGAAGGGGUAGCCUACCACCGAUCUCCACCCGCCAGCUUUCCUCUGAGCCCAUCUUCUCCUAUGAGGAGACAGCAAAACUUGGUGUAGCUGGCCGCCUAUCAGAGUAUGACCACAAUUUUAUACUAAGCUUUGCACGACACAGCCAUGUCUACUUCUUAUUCUUCAGACGCAACCUCAAGGCCACAUCUCGAGAAUAUAGAACAUACAUUGCACGGAUGUGCCUGGAUGAUCAUGCGUACUAUUCCUACAUCGAAGUUCCACUAGCGUGCCACUCUCAUUUAACAGGGAAAAAUUACAACCUCCUCCAGGGAGCACAAGUGGGUGGAGAGGUGGAUGAUAAGCAGGUCCUGAUGGCGGUGUUUUCCACAUCGUUGAAUGGGGCCAGCAAGCCGAGCGAGGAAUCAGCACUUUGCGUUUACACUCUGGAUGAAAUUGACCGCUGGAUUGAUGGCACACGAGACCUGUGUUACACACAAGUUGGCCAGAGAGAGGGCAUCAGGGUGGCAUAUAUAGAGUAUGAGGUCAAAUCCAGCUGUGCCAAUUUGCCCACGGACACUCUCACUACCUAUCCUUGCGGCUCAGACCACACCCCAAGUCCAAUGGCCAGCCAGGAGCCAGUGGAAGCUGAAGCAGUUUUGGAGAGUCCUUCUGCUCGUUUCACUGCUGUGGCUGUCAGUGUGAGAGAUGGACACUCUAUUGCUUUUCUGGGAGAUUCCAAGGGAAAUUUACACAAGGUAUUUUUGGGGAGCUCCAGAGAAGUGAAGAGCUACUCCAGUCUUCCCAUCCAGCCAGGUUCAGCUAUUAACAGAGACCUGCAACUUGACUCUUCCCAGAGACACCUCUACAUUAUGACCAGCAAUAUUGUAGAGAAAAGGCCUGUGGCAGAGUGUGAGAAACACAUAAAUUGCCAGUCCUGUCUUACAGCUCGGGAUCCUUAUUGUGGCUGGUGUGUCCUGGAGGGCAAGUGUGGCUUGCGGUCUGACUGUAGUCGUGGCUCGAGGGAAGGCCAUUGGCUUUGGAGUUUUGACAUGGGGCAGAAGUGUCUGAAGGUGGAAUCAUUGACCCAGUCCAACAUUAGCCUCGGAGAACAGAAAAAUGUGGCACUCGAUAUACCAGGCUUGCCCAGUCUCUCUGAGGGGGAGGCAUACUCAUGUUUCUUUGAUGAGACACAAAGCGCUGUGAUUGUUCAGGAAAUUACAGUCACUUGCUUCACUCCUCCAGCCCACAUGGUGCCUCCUGUACCUCAUGGACAGGAUUCAGUGUCUGUCACUCUGUCUCUGCGCUUCUUGAAUGUGACUGUGGCAGUUCAGGACUUCACAUUCUACGACUGUUCUCUUGUGCAGCAACUCUCAGGCACCAUGCCAUGUAUAGGGUGUGUGACUAGUCUCUGGAGAUGUAACUGGUGCGUUCACCAGCACAUUUGCUCUCACAAGGCCACAUGCGACCAAGGCGUGAUCAUUUAUAAUCAGCAUUUCAAACAAUCAACCUCUGUUCUCUCAGCAACAAAAGACUUUGAUAAAUUUACUACAGAGUCAAUCAAAGCAUCUGCUCCAGCCAAAGUUAUAGCCAUGUCUACUGCUUUGGCGAUACCUCCCAGCAUGCCAGAGCCAACUGCAAUAACUAGAACAGCUGUGAAAAACCUCACCAAUCUGCAGAACAAUUUCCAGCAUACCAUGCCUUCCCCAACCCAACAGGCAAUAACUAUAGUUGAUGAAGCUCUGGUUCUACAUAAAGACAGCAUUGUAGGUGGAGAGAAGGUACAUGUGUCAGUACUGACUCCUGGUGGCAAUGGUGAAGACAUGGGCGAUCUGUCCCAUAAAGGAUCAGCUGCAGGCUUGGUCACAGUUCCCACUCUAAGAAUGGUUACUCUGGAUGCGGGACUGUCAGAUAAAGCAAAUCCUACCUCCUCUACUGCUGGGGUGUACCUUUGGUUUGGGGAGACUGAUGAUGGAAAAGCAUCUCUUGAAAUUGGGUCAUCAGUGUCUUCGGCUUCUCCUCUGUCUGGGGACGUAAAGACAGCGCAUGUGUCACCCAGUUUUCCUUACUCUUCAGAAGUGGACUACCAGUCUGAUCCAGCUGACUUUUCCACCCUGGGUGAUGAGGGCUCACUGCUGAGUGAAGCGUCCUACACCUGCCCAUGUGUGGAGAGAGUUCAAGGUUCCGCUCUCCUACCUGUAAACGUUGCGAGGCAGAUUACGCUGGUAGGACGCAACCUGCACCUCUACCAGGAUGCGGAUCUCAGGAUGGAUUAUGAGUGCGUGUUGGCCAUGGAGGGCAGGUCCGUGGUAGUGGCUGCAUUUGUCGAAAGGAAUGACUCACAGCCUUUCCUGUUCUACAUCACGUGUCAGCUUCACCAGUAUUCCUACUCAGUGGCUGUUGAAGAAUACAAUGCAGCGAUCACAGUGAGGAGACGAGGCUCUUUUCGGAUCGACAGUCCUCAGGGCUUGCAUGUGAAGCUGUAUAACUGCUCGGUGGGCCGUUCAGACUGCAGCCGCUGUCACACGGCAGAGCCACGCUAUGGAUGCGUGUGGUGUGAAGGAGCCCAAUCCAGCUGCGUCUUCCACAACUCCUGCAGAGAUCACAUCCAGCACACUUGCCCUGCACCCCACAUACACCGGAUAGAGCCUCGGUCUGGUCCAGUAGAGGGCGGUACUGUGAUCACUAUCUCGGGAUCGAACCUGGGCCAGAGAGCAGAGGACAUUCAGCACUCUGUUUAUGUAGCUGGAGUGCCCUGCGUUGUUAUUCCUACAAGAUAUGAGAUCUCGUCCAGCAUCGUGUGUAAGACAACUGCGAGUGGAAGUAAGAGAAAAGGACAUGUUUCUGUGGAGGUUAAAGGAGGAGGUAUUGGAAAAUCUAUCCAGGACUUCCACUACCAGGACCCAGCGUUACUGGGAAUGUUCCCACUAAAAGGUCCAGUGUCAGGAGGCUCUUCACUCAUCAUCAUGGGGCGGGAUUUACGAACAGGCCAGCCUAAUGAAAUCAGAAUCCUGAUUGGUGGAGUGCCCUGUAUCUUAACUAGCUCUCCAGAACUGGAUGAUGAGCAAAUUGCAUGUGUGACCAGUGGCAGCAACAGAACAGGAAAUCAUGCAGUAACUGUGUGGUUUGGUAGAGCAGAGCGCCAUCUUCAGGACACUUUCUAUCAUUAUACUCCAGACCCAAACAUCACCAGUGCUGCUCCCUCUAAAAGCUUCCUCAGUGGGGGUCGUGUGAUUCGAGUUUCUGGUCAGAACCUGGAUGUGGUCCAGGACCCUCGCAUCCGAGUGACCCUGAGCCCUCUGGGGCCACAGUUCCAGGGGAGGAAAAGGAGGAAGAGAAAGAGCGAGAGACACACUGAGAGGGAGGAGAAGCUUUGGCCUCGGAAAAGGGAGCGGCGUAUAGUUCCAGAGUCACGCUGUCCUGAAGACAGCAUCUGUGAUGUGAAGCAGACAGAGAAGCACUGUGUGAUCAACAGCUCCACUCUGCUUCUGUGUCCCACACCUGCGCUGGGCCCUGAGGCUCGCCAUGCCACCGUUAGCGUCCAUUUCUUGCUGGAUAACCUUCACUUCAAUUUUGAGGCUAUUACAGGCAGCCCCUUCACUUAUGAGCUAAACCCCAUCCUCCACCCUCUCAACCGGGGAGACCACAGCAAACCCUACCGUCACAAACCUGGAAGCAUCAUCUCUGUUGAGGGAGAGAAUCUGGACUUGGCCAUUUUUAAGGAGGAGGUGGUGGCUCUGAUAGGAGACGUGGUGUGUGCUGUAAAAACACUCACCAGGAACCACCUGUACUGUGAGCCUCCUGCUCAGCAGCCCUCAGUGUCUACCACAAAGAAACGAGAGUCCAGAGAUCCUCUGCUGGAGUUCACAGUACGGAUGGGGAAUCUGAAUUUCUCCCUGGGAAGGGUGGAAUAUGACUUUCUGGGCCAGGCCUUGUUUCCUCUGGAAGCUCAAGUGGGUGUUGGAGUCGGUGCAUCUAUUGUGGCUCUUAUUGUACUGGUCAUCGUGCUUAUAUACAGGAGGAAGAGUAAACAGGCUCUGAGGGAUUACAAGAAAGUUCAGAUUCAGCUAGAGAACCUAGAGACCAGCGUGAGAGAUCGCUGUAAAAAGGAGUUCACCGAUUUGAUGACAGAGAUGAUGGACAUGUCUAGCGACUUGGUGGGCUCAGGGAUUCCCUUCCUGGACUACCGCAACUACGCUGAGAGGAUAUUCUUCCCUGGCCACCGGGAGUCGCCGCUGAAGCGAGAUCUGGAUGUGCCAGCUUGUCGUCGGACUACUGUGGAACAGGGCCUCGUCCAGCUCUCCAAUUUACUGAACAGCAAGCUGUUCCUCAUCAAGUUCAUCCACACUUUGGAGAGCCAGAGGACGUUCUCUCCGCGGGACCGUGCAUAUGUGGCCUCCCUCCUUACAGUGGCACUGCAUGAAAAGCUGGAGUAUUUCACUGACAUUUUGAAAACCCUGUUGAGUCACUUGGUGGAGCAGUACACCACCAAAAACCCCAAACUCAUGCUGCGCAGGACCGAGUCAGUGGUGGAGAAGCUGCUUACGAACUGGAUGUCCAUCUGCCUUUAUUCCUUCCUCAGAGAAUCCGCAGGUGAGUCGUUCUAUAUGUUAUUCCGAGCCAUAAAACACCAGGUGGAAAAGGGCCCUGUGGAUGCUGUAACUAGCAAGGCCAAAUAUACUCUCAACGACAACCGGCUACUGCGUGAUGACGUGGAGUACCACAUACUGACACUGAAUGUCCUGGUAACCAGUGGAGGCCCAAAUGAGUCUCAGACAGUUCCUGUAAAAGUGCUGGACUGUGACACCAUCACACAGGUGAAGGAGAAGAUCCUGGAGCAUACAUGGAAGGGCACAUCAUAUUCUCAGAGACCCUCCACGGACUCAGUGCACUUAGAAUGGAGGGCUGGGAUAGCGGGACACCUAAUCCUGUCGGAUGAAGACCUGACCUCAGUGGUGCAGGGCUCAUGGAAACGCCUAAACACUUUGCAGCACUACAAGGUUCCUGAUGGUGCCACCGUAACACUGGUAUCACGACAGUCCAAAGACAUCCACCAUGACAGUCAUGACUACAUACCAGGAGAGAAGACUCCUAUGUUGGAGGAUGGGGAAGACGAAGGGAUAAGGCUGUGGCAUCUGGAGAAAGCCAGUGAAGAGCCAGAGCUGUCCAAACACAGACGAGGGAGUCUGAGAGAAAAAGAGCGAGAGAGAGCCAAAGCCAUACCAGAGAUCUACCUCACACGCCUGUUGUCUAUGAAGGGCACAUUGCAAAAAUUUGUAGACGACUUGUUCACCGUGAUUCUUAGCACCAGUCAGCCAGUUCCUCUGGCUGUGAAAUAUUUCUUUGAUCUGUUGGAUGACCAGGCAGCACAACACAAUAUUACUGACCCUGAAACCAUCCACAUCUGGAAGACAAAUAGUCUACCUCUGAGGUUCUGGAUCAAUAUUCUGAAGAACCCGCAAUUCAUCUUUGAUGUUCCGACCUCAGACAAUGUGGACGCAGUGCUGUCUGUUAUCGCUCAAACCUUCAUGGACUCCUGCACAAUCGCUGACCACAAACUGGGCAGGGAUUCUCCUAUUAACAAAUUGUUGUAUGCUCGAGAUAUCCCACGCUACAAACAGAUGGUGGAAAGGUAUUAUGCAGAUAUAAAGCAUAAUGUUUCUGCCAGUGACCAAGAAAUGAACUCUGUUUUGGCAGAGCUGUCCAGGAAUUACUCAAGUGAAGUGAAUCAUCUAGUGGCCUUGAAUGAGUUAUACAAGUACAUCAACAAAUAUUAUGAUCAGAUAAUUGCUGCUCUAGAGGAAGACUCUACUGCUCAGAAGAUGCAGUUGGGCUGUAGGCUUCAGCAGAUUGCAGCAGCUGUGGAGAAUAAAGUGACUGACCUUUGACCUGCUAACUCGGGCUGAAAUUUGAGGAGAGUGGAAAAGAAACAUGAGCGAAGGACAGAGAUAGAGUUCAGACUUCCGGAAGCAUGAACGCACUGACUGGGACUUCUGAUUUACUCAAAGGUGUUAUAAAGGGAGAAAUUCUAUGGACAAGUGUGUCCUAAAGGCAGGGUGCCUACAGUGAUAUUUGGGGGGUUGGGGGAAUGGGGUUAAGGUUCUUUAUUUAUAACGCACAGUGAAUCUCAUCUCAGUGAAGCCAUCUGUCCAGCAAAGUCUAGUCUGUAAAAGAGGUCGAGAUAUAAAUCCAGAUGGAUUCUUCCUGCUCACCAACAAAAUUUCAUAUUUGCAAUAUACUAGCAGGCUUCUCCAUUUGGACUAUUUCUGAACACCUUCAGAAGAUCUUAAGAUAAUAUAAUCUUGAUUUUUGUAAAUCUCUUCAUUGCACUCGGGAGCUUAAGAUGUCUCACAUAUUUGAAGAAUGAUCUAGCUCCUUAUUAGCUUUUUAAAAUAUGUCUUAUUAAAAAAACACUGCGCACAUGGUUUGUCUUACAAGAGCCCUACCAUCUCUCUCUUUUUUUUUACUUUUUUUUUUUACCUACUCUAAACCUAACUCAUUUCUUGUCUUUCUAAUGUACAGUAACUGCAUACCUGGUUAACUGAAAUAUUGCAAAAAAAAAAAAAAAUGUACACAUUGCAUGUAUUGCUACUGCACAGUAACACAUGCUGUUUUCCAGAGUUUAUGUGCAUUUCUACUGGACAGCAUCACACCAUAAAAUACAUAUGAAAGUGCUCACUGCUUAAAGAGUGACUAGCCUGAUGACAACAGAAUAAAAGGUAUGUUCAGAGUUCAGAGGAACUCCUGUCCUCUCACAUGUUUAAUGUGAUGUACAAUGUACAAUAAUCUACAUUCAGCCUCAUCCAGUCUUAAGAUGACAGGAUGUUGAAGUAAAGAAGAAUACUGUACCAUUAAAUGUUAAAAGAUUCAGGCAUAAAAAUGUUCAGCUUUUAGGCAAAUGAGAGUGAAGUUAAAUGGCGCAAACGUUUAAAAGUCGCACUGGCUUAAAGGAUAUUUAAUGGCACUAUAUCGCCAAAUAGCGUAUGUUCGAUGAUAAAAUGCACUUAACAGAAAACUACUGUACAUAUGCAUCAGAUUUAACAUGCAACAAGAGCACCCACUGAAAGACCACUAAUUCUGAGAUGUACUUUUGGAAGGAAUAACAGCAUUAGAAUGAAAUUGUAAUGUAGUUUGUGUCUCUAUCAUGUCCACAACUUUGUUAUGCAUAACUGUUACCAUGAGCACAAUUUUGAAACACUAACCUACACAACAUUGCGCUGUACUUUUUCAUGCUUUGUGCCAUAAAGCUCUUCCAGCACACCAUUACACAGCACUGCAUGAUGAUAUCCAUAUUCUUCUUGUUUCAGAAAAAAAGACAAACAUUUUGAUCAGCAAAGUUUUUAAUGUCAUUUUACAGUAAUGAAUUUGUUGUACUGUAUGCAUUGUAGUUCUCAUACUAAUUGCUAAUAUAAUUCUGUGCAGCUAUCAUUUAGGCACUGUAAUUAUUGAACAAUUGUUAAUAACUAACCUAGUUUGAUUAUGUAACACGUACAACCAAAGGCUCGGUUACAAGCAAAUGAUAUCCCCUUAUCAUCAACGCUUAGAAAACUACUGCUGUGUUGAAGGUUAUACAGGAAAUGAAAAUAAAGUUUCAUCUGGAAUUUCUUAGCGAUCAGUCCAAUGAUAUAUUCCUGAAUCCGAGUAAAGCACAGCGCAUUAGGCAUGCCAUAGUGAAGAACAUGGUAGUAUGCAUGAACUGUUCAUUGAUGUGUGAAGCAGCCACUCUGUGUCAAUCCUGCUUACCGUUUAUCUGAAGGAUGUGCCAGAUUGUUUUAUUUAUUUAUUUAUUUAUACCAUUUCUGGCUGGCUGCUUGCAGUUGAUUUAUGCGAAGACCAAAUUCCCAUAAAUUAUUUCUGACCCGCUUUUGAAUUACUCUGAACGCCCAUGUCUAGUUAAUGACUAUAAGUUAUUACAAAUGUCUUAAUUUCAGUGUACUAGACAUGAAAGUCUAUUUUACAGAGUUAUUUUGUAAAUCGUGCUUUGUUCAUGUACUAAUUUCGAGCUGUUCUUGAGCGUGUCAUACACAAUGUAUUCACACGGUCAUUUUUUCCCCGGGCGUUUAUAUUGUAAAUAAUGAUGUAAUCAACCAUAUGCUUUCUGAGCUGUUGAGUUAGUUAUGUGUGUAAACUGCCCAUUAAAUAAAGCUGUUAGCAGUCUGUUGUUUAUUUUAAUAAUCUGCCUAUGUAAUAAUCAAUGCC